AUGGAAUCCAUCCACUACGAGCAGAUCACGGUUCCAUCUGACGAAAUCGUCGAUAUCUCCAUGUUCGACGAUCUUCUGCCGAAACACGGUCAGAUCCUGGGAAUCGUUAUUCUCUCCCUGCACCAACCGAAUCUCUUCGACGUCUGUCUGAGCGUGGCACUCGAGAAUUUGAAGAAAACGAUUCGAAGUGCUCAGGCGGAUCCCGAUUUUGCACGUCUCCCGAUCGAUGAGAAGACGAAGCUGAUAAAUUUGACGUGGCUGACAGGACACGUGCUCGAUGUGAUGUGGGCGACGGAGAGGAAGCAGAUAGACGAUGAGUACGUGUUGGAGAACACUGAAAAGUAAGAUUUGCUUAUAGUUAGUUAGGAAUUACCAUAAAAAGCGCAUCAGAAUCUCGAUGAAGCUUCUGGGAGUGUUUGGGAACCGUCAUUUGCUUCCGACGUGGGAGUCGAUCCGUCAGAAGUUGACCGCUCUCCAGUUCACUCGCAACGACUACAUCUCCUUCCGAAAUGCAAUCCUUUUCGACUACAAACUGCUUGCCAAUCAAGUUAUCUUGAACGCCAACACUCGACUUUUCAAUGCCUGGAGAAACGUUCGUGUCCCCGAAGAGAUCGACGAGCUUCUGAAGGUUCUGAGUGAUCUCAGGUUGGUUUAGUCGAUCUCCGAUGUUAGCUGAGCAAGUGUGAUCGUAUUCAGACACCUGGCACUUCGAUGUCAAGUUUAUCUGGAAGGAAAGUGUCGAAACGGGGAUUUGAAGGCGGACGAGUGGCCGAUGCUCCAUGAGAUGAUCACCAACUCGAACAUGGAGGAGUUUAUGACGGCUGUCUGGGUUUAG